GCCGUAGAAAUUAUUUAUUUUUCUUUAAUCUUGCUUUUGUGCCCCUUUCAAAGGAACGACCGCUAGCAUCAUCAUCACGUCGUCUGCAAAAUUACCUGCUUCACAUGAGAAGGCUUUUGCGCGUUUAGAUUUCCUGUGGCUUUCGUUUUUCCUAUUGCGGUGCUAGCGCUUAAUCGCCGUACUCAUCAGCUAUGAGCCCUCCGUGAACACCGAGUCUGGUGAGCUUCGCAAAAUUAGAUCGAGUGGCCGACUCGAAUGCCGGCUUUCGCACGCACGGCUUCGAUGUAAAGCUCGUUCGAGGAUCAAGACAUGGGCGCCUUUUGGGGCAAAACAGCUGAAGGCGAAGACACUUGCAUAUUCUGCAGAAUUGCUGCGGGGAAGGAGUCGAAGACAACCCUUCUCUACCAGGAUGAAGACUAUGUCGUGUUCUCCGACAUCCACCCGGCAUCGACACAUCACUAUCUGGUUGUUCCCAAGAAGCACGUAAAGGAUGCUAAAUCAUUAACGCGCAGUGAUAUUACUCUAGUAAAUCGUCUAGUUGAGAUUGGGAAGCAGGUGCUGGAACAGCGUGGUGGAGGCAUGGAUUCCUGCAGGAUGGGCUUCCACUGGCCUCCAUUCACGAGCAUCUCCCACCUGCACCUGCACGUGAUUGCACCUACGGCAGAUAUGUCCACGCUGGGCCGUCUCAUCUUCAGGCCCAGAACGCCAUGGUUCUGUCUGGUGGAGGACACCGUGAGCCACUUGGAGCAGUUGCAACCACCAGCCUCCUCUUGAAGCACCACUUCGGCUUGGAAGCUGUUUCCUCCAAUGUUGCACAUGGUUGCCCAUCUACGUUCCACGUAUUUGGUUGUGACUGUCUUGUCCAUCAGCUGCCAGGAGUGACUCUGUCGCCCAAGCCAUGCCGAAGAAGAAGUUGCAAAGAACAACCACUAAAAAUGCAAUAUCAUGAAUAGAAGGCUCAGGAGGGACUACCUGGAUAUAUCUGUUCCAGGUGACCUUGCCCGUUGGAAAAUGAACAAGUUCGUUGUUUCAGUAAUUGCAUGCAACACAGGACAAUUAUUUGAUGCCCCUUUGGUGCAUACACACUAUGGCUAACGCCUCGAUUAAAAGGCCUCCUGUCCCAACUUGCUGCUGGCAUUCAGCAAUGCACGCAUAAGGCCUUCUGCUAAAACCUGCAAUCUAUAGAGCUUGCACAUUCUCAAACACGCAAGAUUUUUUUUAGAAGUGCCUAUAAUUUUUUGGAAAUGUUCAACUAUACCUUAUGUAUGUUUAUGUUCGUGCAUGUUUUGUACGUGCGCGAGUAUAUUACAUGCAAAAUGGAAAAAUUUCAGGGCUAUGCCCCUGCAGUGUAUACUCAUAGGUGUGCGUAGGGUUCUCGAUUAGAGGGGGGCAAAGUGUCCAAAAGAAAAGAAUGAUGAAGCAAUGUCUCACAAAGGCCGGCUUUCCGGGUGUAAAGGUGGGAAGUUCUUUGAAUUAGUCUCGCAUCAUUGGGGGUAUCGUCAAACAAGCAUGCGUAGCCAUUGAAAAAUGACUCGAAUUAAAGGUCCGACUGAGUAGAGUUCCGCCUCUUUCACAAUGCCCUAGCGGAAAACUCACGAAACACCUCUUCAUCUCGGAGGCUUUGCUUCUGGUAACACCGGUUGUCCUGGCCCCUACCAAAGCCCUACCAAAACGGCAUAGGGCAGCACAGGAAAAUAGGAAAGGUGGAAUCCUCUCCCCCAUGUUCACACCAUGAGUGUACUGCCGUGGUUCCGUUCUUUGCAGAGUGUACCUCUUCCUCAGUUCAUGCUGGAGCAGAGGACAAUAUCUCUUCAUAUGCAUUUAAAAUGUUCAUGUGGAGUUAUCUCUCUCGCAUUAACAAACUACCCUUCCAAGGCACCGAAAACAGCGUGAGGGAAAAGAAAGACAGGUGGCACCGCCACUUCCCGCCCAGCUCGCAGUGACGUUGCGAUUUUGACGGUGUCUUAUGGCAUCUUCAUGAAAUCGCCCCGGGGCGCCAAGGUGCUACAAUGAUUGGACGAAAUGGUGCACCGGGGCGAUUUCGUGAAGAUGCCAUUAAUUACAGGAAAGAAAGUACUUACGAGACCCAUGAAGCAUUGUUUCGGCACGAAAUUUAUUAAGUUACGAUUUCGCCGUAAUUUCGUCUUUUUAUAGUGCACUUGUGAUAGCCUGCAUUAGACGGAUCAUACGUAUUGUCCUGUUGUUCACGCUGUUAUACCUAUAUUGCUUCUUUGGUCUAAUCUAGCAUUUCACUUCUUUGAAGGGGUCCUGCAUCAAUUUUUCAAUAUAUUCUGAAAAUGUUGCCGAUCGCAA